AUGGAAAGAGUUAAGGAGAGACUCAACGCUCUUAAAUCUGACCUUGAUGCCGCAAAUGAGCGAGCAGACAUAGCGACGAAGGAGGCAAAAAAGUUUCAGGACGAAUCCAGUGAAAAAGAUCAAGAAAUCUCAAAUCUUCAGAGAAAAAACUCCACUCUCGAAGGUCAAUUAGACGAAACGGAAGCAAAUUUAAAAGAAGUUCAGGCAAAGCUUAAUGAAACUGAUAUAAAGUUGGAAAACUCGGAGAGGAAGGUAGCCCAACUCACACAAGAACGUGAUGACUGGGAAAAAAAAUGUGAGGAAAUAAAAGCUGAAUACAACAAAAUCAAAGCUGAAUACGAGGCAGCCAUUUCUUCCAUCGAUGAUUUGUAG